GAAAACUAUCAUUAUCAAUCGUGAAAGUAGCUCGGGAGAGUAGGAAAGUAACGCUGGGAAACUAGGGAAAUGCAAGUUGAUAAAAAAAUUCCUUGAGUGAAUUGAAUCCAGAUUACAAAAAGCUAAAAACAGCAGUGGUCGAAUACCUGCUGGAUUGUAUUUUGUACCUGCCGCGCAUUAAUUUUAAAUGCUGUCCUCAUUAUAAGCCACAGGUCAACUCGGGGCCAGUAAGUACAAAGUUUAUGAGAUAGUACAAAGUUUACCAGAUGCACGGCGGUCUGUGUUUUUACCUGCCUUUAUAGAAAUACCACGGCAAGUCACAAAAUUUAAGGUGAGCUGACUACAUUUAAAGGUGUUUAUGCUUUAUCAUUCUAAAAUAACAAAUUCCUUGGCCAUUAAAUGUCAGUCAAAAGUGCUGCCACUAAAAUGAUGCAUACAAUAUGUACAUCAUAUAGGGCUCAUUGACUCUUAAUUAACCAGACGCAGUUUAUCUUGUUCACGUUCAGCCAUGACUCAGAGUUGGGUUCUCGCCAUUUCCGUCAUUGUCGUUGUCGUGGUGCUGUCCACACGUGCAUGUCCCGAGGGAUGUCAGUGCUUCAAGGAUGUUCCCACCGUAUACUGCAAUGCACCUGACCUAGACCAUAUUCCACAGGGUAUCCCGGGUAACACCACGCUUCUCCAGAUGCAAGGUACAAAGCUCGCUGUUGUCAGAAAGGGCGACCUUAGGGAUCUUCCUCUCCUGAGGACUCUGUACCUGUCCGGAAACCGACUGCAGACGAUCGAAGUCGGGGUGUUCGACGACACUCCCGCCCUGGUGGACUUGGAGGCAGGAAACAAUAAAAUCUCGGAGUUAUCCGCUGGAGUCUUCCGUGGGCUCGACAAACUGCAGGAGGUGCACCUCAGUCUGAACAGCAUCGCUCACAUCACCGCCGGUGUCUUCUCCUCUCGGCCAAAUCUUCAGGUUGUGGACCUGCAGAAGAAUAAGAUCAUGUCAAUCCAAUCAGGAGCCUUCACCAAUCUUGCAAAUUCUGAUGUCUUCGAUCUCAGUAAUAAUAACAUCGGAGUCAUCAAAGACGGCGUCUUCCAGGGUCCCCAAGGUGCCAAACACGUCAUGCUCGGGAACAACAACAUCUCCUCCAUCGACCCCACCGCGUUCAGGGCAUUCACAAGUUUGACACUACUCAGCCUGGACAACAAUUACAUUUCAGCGAUAGGUAGUAUGCUACAUAAUCUGGAGAAUCUUGACGUCUUGUCCGCAGUUAACAACAAACUAACGCAAGUAUCAGACAGCGAUUUUGCCGGGUGUGCUAAAUUACGGAUGGUAGAUCUCUCCAGCAACCAAAUUAGUGCAGUGUCACAGAACGCAUUUAAAAACCUUCCAGACUUGCAGGAAAUUAUACUGAACAAGAAUAACCUCAAAAGAAUGGACGUCUUUCUUCCGCCAGGUCUGAAAACUUUACACUUUCAGCAAAAUUUGUUUGCGGAAAUACCGCCUCUUCCUUCGGGUAUCGUUGACCUUGAUAUGUCCUACAACCCGGUAGAAUCUUUCAAGGAAGGUCAGUUUUCAAGCCUUACGAACAUUCAGCAACUUUCCCUGUCGGGUAUUAAGUGUUUCUCAGAGGCGGGUAUCAUAACGCCUGGUGUGUUCGCCGGACUGGGUAGUGUAAAGUUGGGAACACUGAGCCUCACGAACAACAGGUUAAGACGGGUCCCCACAGACGCAAUAGAUCACAUAGGCAAUAUUACCGACCUCAAUCUCUCUGGGAACAACAUCUCAACUAUUGGGCCCAAGGACUUUGGUCAUCACACGUACUUAUUCACGCUAGAUCUGAGUGACAACAAACUGACGUGGUUACCAGCGGAGGCUCUGAUGGCCCUGGAUAUCUUCAUGUUAGAACUGUCCGGAAAUCCGCUCGUGUACAUCGGACCUGAUGCGUUCAAGCAUGGACUCUUUCACGUUGGUCUGGAAAAUACCAAGCUCCGUCUGAUAGAUGAAUCUGCAUUCAACAGCUCCCAGGGCGUCAAGUCUCUGACUCUAAACAACAACAGUCUGAACUACCUCCCUGGGCUCAUCUUUGCCCCACUGACGUUCUAUGGCGAUCCCUCGGAAAUCCUCCUACUGGAUGACAACCCCUGGAGGUGCGACUGCCAAAUGCGUGAUUACUCAAAAUGGCUGCAGUCCGCUUCGAACAUACAGACUCUUACUUGCGACACGCCACCACGUCUACACGGAACAGCGCUAAGGGACGUGCCUGUGGACCAGCUGACAUGUGACUGUCCCCAUCUCUCUUCUCCUAACAUCAGCACCGCGGGCAGCACCACUGUGGUCACGGUAGGCCACAGGGCCGUGCUGAAAUGUACCGUCACAUGUUGCCCUGUCGCAGCCAUCAUCUGGACCACCCCUACCGGCACGAAGCUCAGCGAAGAUUCUGACGCCCCAGGUAUCUCCGUGUCAGAUGACGGGGCGUUGGUCAUAGCGACGGCGACUUCAGCAAAGUCUGGGACCUACACCUGUCUAGCCGCCAACUUCAUGGGAAAGGAUCAGGCUACUGUGCAUUUGACUGUCACUGGCAACCAGUAGUGAAGUCCGUGGGCAUCUGGCCCCAGUGGACUUUUCCCCACCCUGAAGCAAAUUUUAACUGCAAUAUGUCUAACACAAAAAAUGAACUUACUUAUUUGGAUCAUAAGUUGCAAAAACGUGGCUCCCCUGUCUCCGUUAAGUAAUAAUUAAGACUGGAGUUGGCUAUGUUUGGAUAUCGAAAAUGUGGGUAUGUACACGGAAAUUACAAUCCUGCCUCAGAAUGAUUGAAACUAACACAAAUGAACUUUCAAGCUAUGUUUUUUUAUCCCGUUGAAUGACAUAAUCACUAAUCCGAAAUAAAGAAAUAAAGGAGGGGUCAACCAGAUGAAAGUGCUCUUUUUCUACAAAUAAUAUUAUCCUGAAUCCAAAAUUAUAAUUAUAAUUAUACUGGCAACCUGACAUUGACUUUGAAUUUGGCACGACAUCUGGGGUUGACCCUCCGUAAAGUCGUCCCCGCGCAGCCACGAGGGGAAGGAAAAUAAUGAUUUUGACGAUCGAAAAUCACCGGGGGUUUAUUUCUCAAUCUCAGGGAUUUAACACAUUCUGAAAGUUACUGAUGGCACCCAGACGACUUCUUAUUGGAGGGGUAUCAAAUACUGUCACCGAACCAAAUGUCCUUUAUUGUGACAUGCUGAAAACUAAUACGAAGGCCCCUUAAUCAAAUGUGUUUAACAGCUUAUCUAGCGUUGCUCAAGUUUAAUGAUCUCAGUCAGGAACUGUCAGCCAAAGAUCUGCCCGGGAAAUUUAAGACAGAUUCUGGUCCUGACCGGGCUACAUUCGCUGUACGAAAUAUUUCAGAUGGAGGGUUUUCAUACACGGUCAAUGGUUUGAAAUUAUUCAGUUUACCUGCGUGAUGUUCAUUGUCAUCGAUGUCAAUCAUACCUUGAUGAUACCUUGAUGAUGUCUAGGUGAAGUAGGCUGCGCCUGUGUAGUCACCCUCCUGACGAUCGUGGUAUCUCUUCUUACUCCAACAUAAG